CUCCGCGAGCCGGCUUUGGCGAGAAAUGACAUGGAAAACAAGGCGCGCGAGCUGGGUUAAGACCCAAGGCGCGCCGAGCGUCGUGACGUCAGUCGGAGUGGGCGUGGUCAGUGGUCACCCUGCCCCUGCUCGGCCAGAAGAGAUAACAUAGUUUGUCAGAGGAAUGUUGAUGACCUUGGGACUUCGAGAUGUGCACAGUGGAAAAAAUCUAAGUUGAACUGAAGACUUCAAUAGCGAGUGGAUGAUAAAACAACCUGUAGCUACAGUGAUCUCUGCUUCUAAGCAGUUAGUUCACCUGUUCAUCCUCAGCUGGUGGAUGUGCAAAGAGAGCUGACACCAGGUUGAAUCCAUUGUGCGGCAGCAAAUAUUGAGCCGAGCCCCGGCCGUUUGCACUAUGUUGACUGCGAAGAGACCAGCCUUACUGCUCAAUUCUGCCCGCACCAAGCCGUUCAGUGGGCUCUCCUCUUACUGCUUGCAGUCCGCUUGCUCUCCUUGGCGUGAGGCCAAGCAGCUGGCUGCAUGGAAGAGGCAGGUGGGCAGUGUCCUGCGGUGGGCGCUGGGUUUCCUGCGGGAAGGCUUGAACGCCGGCGGUGGUACCCGAGCCGUGGCCCCGGGCGGUGAGAGGCAGAAGAUGGUGUCCAUCCUGGCCAGCCAGUGUAGCUAUGUGACGGGGCAGAGACUGAGGAGGGCGCAGCAGAUCGGGCAGCUGUACAGCAACCUCUACUCGGAGAGGUCCCGCAGGAGCCUCUUCACCAAUUUGUGGCGCAAGUUCCAAAGCCGCCACUCGGGCUCCGGCAAACUCCUGGUGGCUUUUGCCGCAGUUUUCAUGUGGGACGACGAGAGGAUCCGUGACGAGGAAAUGCAGAGGUGUCUGAAUGAUUUCAAAAACCUGGACAUCCCAUUGGACGAGAAGCAGCAGAGCAGAGAACACGUGUUGUGUGACAAACAUCCCAAGCAGGACGAUGCGUGGGAGCUGGUGAUGGACAGGUCCUGCUUCCGACUCUGGCGCAGACCCAUCCCAGGUAGUCAUCUCUACCAGUACAGAGUUUUUGGCACAUACACUGAUGUUACCCCUCGACAGUUCUUCAACGUGCAGCUGGACACUGAAUACAGGAAGAAAUGGGAUGAGCUGGUAAUUAAGCUGGAAGUGAUUGAACGGGAUGAGGUCUCUGGGUCGGAGGUUGUCCACUGGGUCACACAUUUCCCGUAUCCCAUGUACUCGAGGGAUUACCUCUACAUCCGGCGCUAUCACGUGGACCAAAAGAACAAUAUGAUGGUGUUGUUAUCGAGGGCUGUGGAUCACCCUGAUGUGCCAGAGCAUCCCAACUGUGUGAGGGUUACAUCGUACGAGUCCCAGAUGGUGAUCAAACCGCACCGAUCGUUUGACGAGAAUGGCUUUGACUACCUCCUCACGUACCGUGACGAUCCACAGACUGUUUUCCCUCGGUACUGUGUCAGCUGGAUGAUGUCCAGUGGGAUGCCCGACUUCCUGGAGAAGUUGCACACGGCAGCAGUCCAAGCAAAGAACAUGGAGAUCAGAGUUAAGGACUAUGUGACAGUCAGGAGCCUCGACGGUGUUGAGGCAAAGCCGAUGCAGCACUGUGAGCGCAAGGAGAGCUCCUGCCCCUCACAGCAGAUGGACUACGCGUAGUGCCCACCCAGACCAAAUGAGAUGCCCCGAAACCAGCACUACAGUAAUGGAGGCCAACGACUCUUCCGAGAUUGGCACAGACUUCUCAACAUCUGACUGCUUCUGAGAGCAUAGCGUCAGUGUGAGGUGGAACAAAGCUGCAUUGCCUGCAAAACUUGAAAUAUUAGAAAUAACACCCUGAUGCCUGCUGCUUCUGAAAUGGAAAGAUUAGACCACAGUGUCGGUAUCCUGACUAUUCAAAACGCCUCAGUUGAGUUACCAAUUUGAGCUUGCUUAGCCAUUUACAACAGUUUAUGGUGGUUUUGAUACAGGGAGGGGGGUGGUGUGGGAGGAGGAGGUUGUUUGCCUGUAAUGUAUGGACUUUGCUGUGUUUUGGAAUGGCGCACAGGUCUGUGUUCUGUGCUUUGCCCUGGUCUCGUGCUGGCCUGCUCUUCAUCAUCACUCAGCAUUUUUUAAUAUAAGUGGAUUAAUUCUCACAGGAAGCUCUUGGUUGCUACUGAAUCUCACCAGAAACUUCUGGUUUAUAUAUUGGGUGAAGAAUUUUCAAAUAAAAGUCUGUUUUGUAAGGA